AGGAGCCAUCAAGCCUUGUUUAUACAUUUCAGUUAAGAGGCCCGAGCACGGAGGUCAUCUCAUGGUAUUAAUAGCAGUUCUGGGGAUUCUGACAGCCGUGACAUUUUAGAGAAAGAAGCGCCCGGGCACACGCCGGAGCGAGCGACAUUUGAUCCCAUGCAUUGUUGGCAGUGUGCAAGUCCAGCCAUUGUCUUAUUUUCUUUCCGCCGCAAGCAUUUUUGAAAAUCGUUGGUGUCUCUUUACAGUCGGACCCACCCGGUUGUGCCUGCUGAAGGCGUCCCUGUCGUGAAGAGGUGCACACCAGGGGGAUUUAAAUACUUGAAAGGAGGAACAAUUAAACCCUGGGCUGAAACCUAGUCUAGUGGGAGGUGUAGGGUUACGGCCUUCAGUAACACACUCUGCGCUGUCAGGCGGCCCCGGCCCUGCAGGGACUUAGACGUGCUCGUAGUAAACACGGCCGUGGACGCAGGCGCCCGGGGAGGCCCGGGGAUGGGCUUGGGACCUUGAAAUGCUGUGUUUCCAAGAGCGGACCUCGGACCAGAGGAUUGCCCAGUGCCCGGAAGAUGUCAGCCGCCCCCCCUGCAGCUCGGACACCUGGGGGGUGACCCGUGCCCACUAGGAUGCCUGGAUGGUUCAAAAAGGUGUGGUACGGGCUGGCAUCUUUACUCAGCUUCUCGUCCUUCGCCCUCAUCAUCGUCGCCCUGGCAGUGCCCCGCUGGCUGAGUGGGAAAAUCCUCUGUCAGACGGGAGCGGACCUGGUCAACGCCACGGAUCCAGAGCUGGUGAAAUUCAUUGGGGACAUUUACUACGGGCUCUUCCGAGGGUGUAAGGUGCGGCAGUGCGGGCUCGGGGGCCGCCAGUCCCAGUUCACGAUCUUCCCGCAGCUGGUGAAGGAGCUCAAUGCAGGCCUGCACGUGAUGAUCCUGCUGCUGCUCUUCCUGGCCUUGGCCCUGGCUCUGGUCAGCAUGGGCUUCGCCAUUCUCAACAUGACCCAGGUUCCCUACAAGGCGGUCAAUGGCCCUGGGGGCAUCUGCCUGUGGAACGUGCUGGCGGGUGGGGUGGUGGCGCUGGCCAUCACCAGCUUCAUGGCCGCCGUGAGGUUCCACGACCUGACCGAACGGAUCGCCAACUUCCAGGAGAGGCUCUUCCGCUUUGUGGUGGUGGAAGAAAAGUACGAAGAGUCGUUUUGGAUCUGCGUGGCCAGCGCCUCGGCCCACGCCGCCAACCUGCUGGUGGUGGCCAUCAGUCAGAUCCCGCUCCCGGAGAUCCAGACCAAAGUAGAGGAGGCCACGGUCACGGCCGAGGAUAUCUUGUAUUAAUAGCCUCCUGGCCACAGCCUUUCCCAAGUCAGCUCUGCAGUAGGAGCGGAGGCCUCGUCUGUUUCGCAGGCUUCCCAGUCCAGAAUGUCCAUGAUUUGGGCAACGGGAAGGAGGAGAUGAAAGGAGGAAAGGUGGUACCUGGGCUGAAAAAGAAAAACUUUCUCGAAUUCCCGGCAUCUCUGUCCUUCUCGCGCACUCACCUUGGACUUGGACUUGGAGACUUUGCACUUGCCAGCUGCGUGUGACGUUGGACAGUUCACUGAACGCCUAGGUCUCAGUUCCCUCAUCUGUAAAAUGGGGAUAGGAAUGACCUCACGGGAUUGUAAUGAGGUUUCAGAGCGCUAUAAUGCCGCCAGCCUUUGGGUAGUGUAGAGCAUUCCGCAAACAUAAGACACUGAACCCUGAUAGAUGUCUACAGACCCUGGGCUAUUCCACGCAAUGUUAGGGGGCAUAUGUUGAUGUCCCUGCCCCCAGAAACACUGAAUCUUUCCAUAGGACACAGGAAUCAGAGAGCAA